AUGCCUCAAGUCCUCAAUCCUAUCCUGCCUGGGUUCAACCCUGACCCCUCGAUUGUCCGAGUGGGAGAUAACUACUACAUUGCCACGUCCACGUUCGAAUGGUAUCCCGGCGUGCAGAUCCAUCACUCUAAGGAUCUUGCCAAUUGGGAGCUGGUUACACGGCCCCUGACCCGGAAAAGCCAGCUCGACAUGAGAGGAAACCCGGAUAGUGGGGGUGUCUGGGCUCCGUGUCUCACGCACGACGGCGAGUGUUUCUGGUUGGUCUACACCGACUGCAAGAGGAAAGAAGGAACUCUGUGGGACCUCAAGAACUACAUUGUCACUGCGCCCUCAAUCGAGGGUCCAUGGUCGGAUCCUGUCCACGUCAACUCGUCCGGCAUCGAUCCAUCCCUCUUUCACGACACCGAUGGCAGGAAGUGGUUUGUGAACCAGCUGAGAGACCAUCGCUAUCCUCCCCAUUUCUGUGGCAUUGUGCUACAGGAAUACGAUCCGGUCGCAGGCAGGUUGAUUGGUCCCUAUAAGAAUAUUUUCAACGGCACCUCCCGGGGAAUCACGGAAGGGCCCCAUAUCUACAAGCGCAAGGGGUGGUAUUAUCUGCUCACGGCGGAAGGGGGCACAGAGUACAGCCACGCCUGUACCCUGGCCCGGUCACGGAGUAUCUGGGGACCGUACGACCUUCAUCCUGAGAAGUAUAUCUUAACAGCUACAGAACGCCCCUUUGCUCCUCUACAGCGUGCAGGCCAUGGAGACCUAGUCGAAACACCGGAGGGCAAGACUUACCUGGUACACUUGACCAGCCGCCCAACAGGCCAGCUCCGACGAAGUGUCCUUGGUCGCGAGACAGCCAUCCAAGAGGCACACUGGAGAGAUGACGACUGGCUUUAUGUCAAAGACGGACCUGUUCCCUCACUUCAUGUCGAACUUCCGGGAGUCCAGGAUGAGAAGAAAUACUGGGCUGAACGCCGAUACACAUUUGAAAACGGUGCUCAUGACGAUUUCCAGUGGUUGCGGACGCCAGAGCCCGAGCGCAUAUUCUCGACUGGUCCGGAAGGGCUGACGCUGAUCGGUCGCGACGGAAUAGGCUCCUGGUUCGAACAGGCCCUGCUGGCUCGCCGUCAGACGCACUUCUCCUAUGAUGCUGAGACAACGAUCGACUUCGCACCUGAGAACCACCGCGAGUUCGCCGGGCUUGUAGCAUACUAUAACCGCUACAAUUUUUUCUAUCUUACGGUUACCUCUGAUGCGGACUACGGCAAGCGACAGCUUCUGAUUAUGACUUCCCAGCAGUCUCAUCCUGCAGGCACCCUCACAUUCCCCUUUGACGCGCCGGUCAGCCUUCCGGAUACUGGAAAGAUACGACUGGCUCUCACAGUUCGCGGCAACCAGCUUCAAUUCUAUUAUGCCCUGGAGGAGGACAAGGAUCUCACCAAGAUCGGACCGGUUUAUGAUGCUUCCCAGCUCAGCGACGAGUGUGGGAUUCGAGGUGCGGCGGGUUCUUUCACGGGUGCAUUUGUUGGGCUGGCCUGUUCUGAUCUGAAUGGAUGGGGCAAACCUGCCCGGUUCGACUACUUUGUCUACCGCCCCGUGCAUGACAAGACCGAUCGCUAUCAAAUCGCUUAG